AUGACAGACUACACCUUUAGUGAAGCAAGAAGGCAGAACCAGGUCCUAAAAGAUCAAGCAUAUUCUCUCAUGAAUAAUCUGAAUUUCGGGAAGUCGCCGCCAAAGUCGCGUUCGCAGAUAAAACUAUCUCCUUCAAAGCGAAGUCCAAGAAAAGCUCCAAAAUUGCCCUACGAAGACACAUUGGAUCCUCAUGGGAGCACGUCACCGCCAAGAAAACCUCAUCUGGAAUCUCCCACUCGCAAUCAAUUACGGUCUGUCUCCCAAUCCAACUUCUUCGACGAGUUCAAGGAGAAAGUCUACGAGAUCAGAAAUACUCAGUAUAGCCCUCAAAAGAUACGUGAUAAUGAAAGAAGAGAUGCAUUUGCUCCAAGUAAACGGAGCGAGGACCUCUUUCUUCUGAAGAUUGAGCGCCAAAAUGAGCGCGUCGACGAAUUGGAGGCUACAGUGAGGCAACUCAAACUACAGAACUUACAACUUGAGCUAUCAAAUGAGUCCUUGAGGGCGAGGGCAGAUGGUGACAAGGGAGAUCUUAGAAGAUUGAAACAAGAACUUGAACAAAAAGAAAGUCAAUUGAGGCAUGACUACGAGGUAAAAGAACGUCAUCUCAGACAGGAAUUUGACCAGAGAGAACGAAAAAUGAGGCAACAGUGGGAGAUUCUGCAACAAGCUCAAAGUUCGGGCAGAGAUUUUCUGGUCUAUCUGCCACAGCAGCAGCCCCUUCUCCCUCGCCAAACGGCCAAGCCACAAACAGUGGCCAAUGGGCUGCAGCUGAGUUUCGCGCAGAAAAAUCGUUCAGGACAACUCGAAUUGGAGAAUGAGAUCUUACGUAAGGAUGUCCGGCAGCUCAAUGCACGCCUUGAUGCAUCAAAUGCGCUACGCACGAACCACACAUUGAAACUACGUGCGAAACUCGCAACAAGCAUGGACAUAAUUCGAUAUUAUGUGAACAAGGAUGAGGAACCAAACGAAUGGUAUGAUUUUGGUGACUCUACGCAAGAGCUACUAUUAGGCGAAACAUCACAGACAAUGGAACUACUAAAAGAACUUGCUCCACGCCGCACGGAGAAACGCAAAAGUCUCCGAGCAUACUGUACUGCAGUACUAUUCAUAGUUCGUAUGAAAAAGGAUGCGUCUGGCCGGAACCUUUCAGACCAAAUAUCGGAAACAAGAUAG